AUGCCCGACCGCGUCGAGGAGGAGGUGAUCCUCAAGGAGAGUGCCGGGGGCGACUGGUACUGGUUGGAGGAGCAGCAGCCGGAUGAGUCGAUCCUGUUUGUGCUGUGGGAUUCGGACACGAGCGGGCUGGGGUCUUAUUACACGCCGCAUACAUCGGCUGUGUUGGAGAACGACAGUGGCGCAGGUGUCACGGCACCGAGAGAGAGCGUGGAGGUGAGGCUUGUUAUCAUGCACGAGGCCAAAGAAGAGGGUGCUUGA